CUCUAGUACAACCAUGCAGAAGUAUAUCACGACCACGCCGACGAGAUAAAAUUUGGAGCUUCCUUGUAAACAAAAGCAAACUCUCUGUAGGAAUCUACAACCGCUUUUUUUGGAAAAGAAACAAAACCAACAACAAGAUUGCGUCCUAGGUAGUCUCUUCGAUCUUGCUUCAGCAUUGUUGCUGCUGUUUGCUCCGUGACAGCUUCGCGCUUUCCGAAGUUGUAGUAGACACGACGCCAUCAAGUGCCUGAUCCACCAGCUACAACUAACAAAGUUGUAUUGCUAGCACCGCACGACAGGAAGAACCUGCCAAACUCCGCGACAGGAUGGCGAGCAUGAAGAUGAUCACGAUGAUGGCCUAUGAAACGCAAAUAUUUCUGGGUCUGAAGGAAAUCAGACACUUGUCAUGUGGUUUUUGCAUCCGCGAGCUAGCAGGUCUGGAAUGCACACAGAGCAUGACAAAUUGAUCGAAACAAAGGGUUUCUCCAGCAUUCGUAGUGUUCUGCAUGAGAGAUUUCCUCUCCCGGAGAACAAAAAUCUCACAUAGUACAACGCAGAUUUUUGCCGUGUCUAGAGUCCGCAUGACAAGUUUGCAUCCUCGCAGACCCUGACGUAUUUACAGUGGAUACGGGUAGCAAGCAGAACACCUCGAAGACGGUUAGCACCCGUGCGAGCAAAGAGGACCCGGUGGAAAUUGCCCGUCCGCCGGUCGUGGUCUACUACACCAAGGCCGAGUACCAGACGCGCUACGACGUGUUUCGCAUGAAAAAGCCCCUCCAUGCGGGUGGGUGCCUGCAGUGGUAAGUACCGAUACUUACUGCUUCUGAAGUUCGAUUCGCACGAACUGUGCUCUUUUGGCAUGACAAACUUUUUUUUUUUCCUGCAUGGGCCGAUGCUGAGUGCUGAUUCAUUUUUUUCGAUUUCGUUUGACAAGAUAUAGCGCGUAAAAAAAGUAGAAAAGUAAAAACUUUGAAAAUAUAUUCGGAACAACAGGUUGGUGCAUUCGCCCCAGCCCUGCUGGUUCUCCACCACAAUUCAGAAAAUGUCCUCGCAGAUGGAUACGAAGGAGAAAGCCUGUACUUUGGCGACGCCUGGAAUUGAAAUUGUAAAAAGCCCGUCUUACACACUACAGAAAAAAAAUUCGUAUUCGAUCGAGCCCUGUUGUUUGCAUUACAAACUAACUCUUUACCGACGUCCUAUGUGCUUAGCAAACCAAACUUGUCAUGCGAGAAAAACAAAAGUGCCAGGAUCUUUUUAUAUCUUUUUCGAAUAAGCAUUGAAAGAAAAAUGUCGCUGCAGUAUGAGAUUUUCAUUCUGGAUACCGAAGCAGAACACCCUGUUCUUGAUAUGGAUUUGGAAUAUGCAGCUCUUUCUGCGACUCUCGUCUUCAUAACCACGACGUGGAUGGCAGCAUAUUGUAAGAGACGCGGACGUGGUCAAUUU